UCCCUUCUCUUCUCCACUCUCCUCUCCUUUCCCUACGACUUCAACUUCCUCUCUCUCUCUCAAUCUCCUCUCCUCUCCCUGUCCGCUGGCCGUGCCUUGCGUGCGACGGGAAGAUUGGGAUCCACGGCGUCGGAAAAGUUGUCCGGCUGAAGAAACCGAUUUCCCCAAGGUUUUUUUGUCCGGUCCUAUCCCUUGUGCAGGAUCGGACUCUCCGUCUCUGGCCAUGGCUCUCGGCGGCCUCGUCGGCCAGUUCUUGGCCAGCAGCAAUGGGACGCGGUGCGUGCGCGCAGAGCUUAUGGUGGCGUCGCUCUCGGCCGUGAGCUGCGCGGACGAGGUGCAGGAGGAGGGUGCGGAGGGGGCGGGGUGCCGUGACGACGCCGCGGCGCUGCGGCUCAAGGAGGUGGCCAUGGCGGCGAUCCUGGUGGCCGGGGUGCUCGGCGUCGGCCUUCCGCUCGUGGGCCGGAAGCGCCGCGCGAUGCGCACGGACAGCGCCGCGUUCCUGGCGGCCAAGGCGUUCGCCGCCGGGGUCAUCCUGGCCACGGGGUUCGUCCACAUGCUCCACGACGCCGGGACCGCGCUGUCCAGCCCGUGCCUCCCCGCCGUGCCGUGGCGGCGGUUCCCGGUCCCCGGGUUCGUCGCCAUGGCCGCCGCGCUCGCCACGCUCGUGCUCGACUUCCUCGCCACCAGGUUCUACGAGGCCAAGCACCGCGACGAGGCCGCGCGCGUCAAGGCAGCCGCCGCUGCCGCGCUCGUUGCGACGACCUCCUCUGCGAGCGACGAGGACAUCACCGUGCUCACCGUCGACGCUGAGGACGAACGCAAGGCACCGCUGUUGCAAACGCACUGCCAUGGACACGGACACGGACACAGCCACAGCCAUGGGCAUGAGCUCGUGCAGGUAGUGGGCAGCGAGGCGGAGGUGUCGGCACAUGUCCGCUCCAUCGUCGUGUCACAGAUACUGGAGAUGGGGAUUGUGUCACACUCUGUGAUCAUCGGAUUGUCACUGGGAGUGUCACGGAGCCCAUGCACAAUCAGGCCACUUGUCGCAGCGCUUGCAUUCCACCAGUUCUUUGAGGGGUUUGCACUAGGUGGCUGCAUUGCUCAGGCACAAUUCAAGAACCUUUCGGCAAUUCUAAUGGCAUCUUUCUUUGCCAUCACAACACCGGCAGGAAUAGCUGCUGGGGCAGGCUUGACCACAUUCUACAAUCCCAAUAGCCCAAGGGCUCUUGUGGUUGAGGGCAUUCUUGACUCGGUGUCGGCUGGCAUCCUCAUAUACAUGUCGCUAGUGGAUCUCAUCGCAGCAGAUUUCUUGGGUGGAAAGAUGACAGGAUCCCUGCGACAGCAAGUGGUGGCAUACAUCGCAUUGUUCCUCGGUGCGCUCUCGAUGUCAUCACUUGCAAUAUGGGCUUGAGACCUGCCCUUGAUUAUAUAUCAGAGAAGAUGAAGUAGUGUCCAUAUAAAAUUCCUGUGGUAUGUGUACAGUUUUACUGGGUAUGUAGCAUUGUGUUGUAUCUCAUAGUAUGGUAGCUUUCUUCGGGAUCAUCAUAGGAUAACAUGCCUUGUUUUUUAAGGGCAUGAAAGAAACACCCCUGAUGUAGAAGGGGCACAUUGUGCCUGCACUACCUCCACAAUGGCGGUUUCACUGAUGAGAUGGUGACUAUUUCGGUUGGGUUUUAUAUAUACUCGAGUCGAGGGUGAACUAUGUGGUUUCUUUAAGCGAGGAGCAAGCAAUGUUAUGUUUGACUGCCGCUGAAUGACUGAAUGUGCUUCUGGCUUUGUGUCAA